UGUUAAUAGAAUACAAUAUUUUUACAUACGGUACAAUAUUUCCUUCUUUUCAAAUACGAGCAAAGCAGGUGACAGGCGAUGAAGGGAAUAUACCUAAUCGCCAUCGCCUUUUUGGCAUCUCGGACCGCCGCAUCUGUGAUCGUCCCAAAUGAGUUUACUUUUGAAGCAGAAGACGAAUGUCCGCCGAAGGACUCUUGCCCGCCGAAAUUAAUAGCUGAUAAAGAGAAUUGCGGUCAAUUCUAUAAAUGCAAAAGCGGUAAAAAAACCUUGGUAGUUUGUAAGGGCGACUUACAAUUUAGUAAAAGCUGGCAAGGUUGCGUUAGUCGCGACAAAUCGGACUGCGGCGAUGGCGGCGGCGAUGGCGGUGGCGAUGAAUGCAAACACAAUGGCGAUUUACUUCAGCACGAGUGCCAAUGCGAUAAAUUCUACGAAUGCAAAAAUGGUCAAAAGGUCCUGCGCGAGUGUGAGUCAGGACAGAUUUUUGAGAAGGAUAGGAAGGUUUGCGUUCCAGGCGAAAAUUUAAACGGAAAGUGCACCCCAAAUUCAACAGUCGAGUGCACGAAUGGUAAUUAUCUCCCUCACGAAUGCCAAUGCGAUAAAUUCUACGAAUGCAAAAAAAAUAAGAAGGCCUUGCGCGAAUGUUCGAAAGGAUCAAUCUUUAAACCAGCAUUGGCGAAAUGCGUUAGAGGUACUAAUUGUCCGCCUGAACGGACAAUUACGUGUCGUCAAGGCGAAAAUAAGAAACACCACUGUUUAUGUGACAAAUAUUACACAUGCAACAAUGACGAUUGGAUCCUUAAGCCGUGUGGAGAAGGUCAACAUUUUAGCCCUAACGAUCUCAAAUGUAUGACGCCAAAAGAGGCUUGUUGCGAUCCUAAAUCUUGCGGCAACUCUUCUGGCAAGCCUGGUGCCUGUCCAGAGGGUGUUCCCACGCAUUGGCGUCACGAGUGUGACUGCAGAUUGUAUUAUGAGUGCAUAGGCAAUAAGAAGGAAAUAAAGUCUUGUGAUUGGGGAAGAUAUUUUGAUUAUGUUAACCAGGUAUGCGAGAAAGCGGACAAAGUAAGUGCCAAAUGUAAAAACAGCUGGGACAACUGGGUGUAGAUAACUACCAUUUCCGGAAAGUAAGAAGAGAAGCUAAAAGUAUAAUAACGAAAACCAAAUUGCAAUGCUUGUUAGAAAUAUA